AUGCGGUUGUCGGUGGCCGCCGCCAUCUCCCACGGCCGCGUUUACCGCCGCCUGGGCCUCGGUCCCGAGUCCCGCAUCCACCUGUUGCGGAACUUGCUUACGGGACUGGUGCGGCACGAACGCAUCGAGGCGUCCUGGGCGCGCGUGGACGAGAUGAGGGUUUUUGCGGAGAAGCUCAUCGAUUACGGAAAGCUGGGAGACACCAACGAAAGAGCCAUGCGCAUGGCUGACUUCUGGCUCACAGAGAAGGACUUGAUCCCAAAGCUGUUUCAAGUGCUGGCCCCUCGGUACCAGGGUCAGAAUGGGGGCUACACGAGAAUGCUGCAGAUCCCAAAUCGGAAUAAGCAGGAUCGGGCCAAGAUGGCAGUGAUCGAGUAUAAAGGGAACUGCCUCCCGCCGCUGCCCCUGCCUCGCAGAGAUAGCAACCUUACACUUCUAAACCAGCUGCUUCGUGGGCUGCAGCAGGACCGGGAAGCAAGCAUCCACAGCUCCCACACACCUCCAACACCAGAGAUUUAA